AUGCAAAACAAUCUAAGAAUUCUAGCAAUAUCUGAUGUUCAAGGAAACCUCGAUGCAUUUGAGCAGUUAUAUAAUAGCGAGAAGGGUCGAAUAGAUAUAAUAAUACAUACGGGGAAUUUCGGGUUUUGGGAUAAGGAGACAAUAAAUUCGGAUAAGGAUAAUAGUUUCUUGAAGCAAAUUGUUGCAUUCUCUGAAGUAUUAGAUAAACAAGUGGUGAAUGAGUUGAAUACCUUAUCGACUAUUGGAGCACAGGGACCAUCUGUGGGGUCUGUUUCAGGACCUUCUUUUGCAGCAUCAUCGACUUCUGCUGCGUCGGCGGAUCUUUCUGCUGCUGCUGCUUCUCCUGCUGCUGCUGCUUCUACUGCUGCUGCUGCUGCUUCUACUGCUGCUGCUGCUGCUUCUACUGCUGCUGCUGCUGCUUCUACUGCUGCUGCUGCUUCUACUGCUGCUGUUGCUGCUGCUUCACCUGAUGCUGCUUCCAGUGCUGCUGCCACACCUUCUGCUGCAUCUGCUGCAUCUACAUUCUCUUCCGCUGCUAAUGCAACGGACCUCCUUAAAGCGAAACUCCUAUCGAACUCCAACAGCAUAUCACAACUAGAAUCUUAUUUAUCGGGGUCGUUUAAGUUCCCCUGUCCAGUUUAUACCAUAUUCGGUCCUCUAGAUGACCCUAACGUAAUUCACAAGUUUCAAAGCGGAGAGUACAACAUUCCUAAUUUACACCUUAUAGAUCAUACCAAAUGUUACGAAAUCCCCUCGCCACUUGAUGAUCAACCUAAUAUCAAGCUUUAUGGCAUUGGCGGAACUUUGAAAAUACAUUCCCUCUUCGAUCAUGGGAACCUUGACCAAGAAUACACAGAGCUAUGUGGCAAAGUAGGAGACUUGUGGAUCUCCAUGCUUCAGAUUGCAACAAUGUACCAUAACGUAAUGAACUUCAAUGAAACAAGAAAAAGCAACAACACUAUCAGCAUCUUUGUUACACAUGCGCCAAUAAUGAAAACUCCUUUAUUGGAACACCUUGCCAUCUUGACGAAUGCAGACUUUUCCAUAUCCCAAGGCUUGCACUUCCGAUAUCCAGUAAUGGGUAACGGAAUGAGCUUUGUGGAUAGCAUGGGCGGGUCUGCUGGGUAUAUUGAUAGCUACAGGUCCAAGUUCUCUCGUUUGAGAAUGAUUUUGGGGGAAUUGUGGCUUAUAGUCAAGGAUAAUAUGGUAGAAUUGUUGAACGAGAGCAUACAGGAGAAUAAGGAGGAGUUUAAGAAGUUGAUAGAGUUAGGUUUAAGUUUAUUUGAUAAGAUUCCGGUAUCUAUAAACGAUUCAACGGAGAAGAUAAUACCUUUGACUCUUUUUGACCCACCUACUUCUGCCAGUGCAGGUACAGCUGCGGCAGGUGCAACUUCCACUGGAGGUUCGACUACUAGUACAAGCGGAGGGGGUAGGAAGAGCUUUAGUGGACCAGGUGGAACUUCUACCAGUGGUUUAACGCCUGAUGAUGACAACAAAAAGGUCUUGAAGAAGAUCAACGAUAUGUAUUUUUCGGCAUACUAUAAUUUAUGGCAUUUUAAUCUCUGUGAUUUGAUUACGACCCAACCGAACUCAGAUGAACAGUCGGAUUACAACAUAAUGAUAUUUGACUUAGACAAGUCCAGUAAUUUUAAAUUAGACUACUGUACGAGCCAAGGCUUUAAUUUCAACUUCAAGGUUGAUGGCGGGAGAUCAGGCAAAAAGCGGUUUGCCUAUGAGAUAGAGGAGGAGGACGACGAUGAUGAAGGUGGAGACAGCGACGAUUCUGGGUCAGGUGCUGGAUUUUCUGGGGGUCGUGGAGCUGAAGGCGAAGCAGACCCAGAUCUUGAAGCAGAGACAGAAAUGGAGGAUGUACAAGCUGGAGAGGAGCUAGCCACUCAUAGAGAGGAGAGAGAUGACGGCGAUGAAGAUUCAACAAAGGGAAAAUAUAGAGGAUCUAAAUUCAGUUCAAAUUAUCGCAGCAGACCCGGCAGGGGAAGAGGGAGAGGAAGAAGCAGGGGCAGAAGUAGGGGCAAUUAUAGAGCCAGAGGGAACUAG